GUCCGCCUGUGCCCCUGCACCUGAUCCACCUGCACCGCCCUGCCUCUGCCUUCCGCUGUCUGCACCUGCUAGCCCCCUUUACCAUCGUCAACGCCACCGACCUCCCUCUCUGCCUCUCCGACGCGCACCUCCUCGCCUCGUCCUCCUCUCACCUCUUCCUCCCCCCGCACCCUGCCUUUCUCACAAGCGAAAGCCUGGCAGCCGCCACGUCAUUGGUGGCGAGCGGCGUGCCGCUUGUGCCAGCUGGCGGCGCGGCAGCAGGCGGUGCAAUGGGUGGUCUGGCAGCUGUGCUUCCUGGGAUGACUAGUGGAGUGAGCGCUGCUGCUGGUGGCGGUGAUACCAGGGCAGAUUCACAUACCCCUGCAGCCACAAACGUAGGAGCUGCGGAAAAGGGUACAGAAGCAAGAAGAGAGUGCAGCGCAGGAGGGAGCGAGGAGAUAAGCCAGGAAAGAGCAGCGCUGCAACCCCCUAUGGCCCUGUUUACUCCUGCCCCUCCCGCACCUGCUCUUGAUGCCGACUCUGCUGCUUCUGGCGCCACUACAGGGCUUCAUCACACCCAGCCAGCACUUGUGCUGCGAGUGGGGGGCACUGCUGCUGCUGCUGCUGCACCUGCGGGCCUUGGUGGUGCAGGGGGCAUGCGCUCUCUCAAUGCCCCUCCGCCUUCCGCUGUGCCGGACUGGAGCCAUGUCUCACUCUCUGGUUGGUCGGCAGCUAUCCCUGUGGAGCCAGCAGGUGGAGUGGCAGAGGUGCUGAUUCCGCAGCAAGCAGGGAACAGCAGCGGCGGCGGCGGUGGUGGCAGCAGUGGUGUUGCUGCUGGUGGUGGUGCCUUUGCGCUGAGUCUCACCUGUUGUGAUACUCUUGGUGCCUCUGUUGGCCGUGCUAAGACCAUCACCCUUCGCCCUCGGUACGUACUAGCCAACAGCCUCUCAGCGGACAUAAGGGUGAAGCAGCACGGCACGGACCGGCACGUUCUCAUCAAGGCUGGGGGCAACGCACCCAUUCACUUCACCAAACUGCAGCGUCGGCUCUACCUGUCACUGCGCCUGGCUGACAGCAGCUGUGAAUGGUCCGGUGCCUUCCGUCCUUCUCAGCUAGGGGACACCCAGCUCAAGCUGCGCUGCUCGCUUUCCCCCUCCUCGCCCUCCUCGCCCCUCGCCCUCACUCGCAUCGUGAGAGUUGACGUCGGGGGUGGCAGUGGUGCUGGCAGCAGCAGGGGAGGCGACGGCAGCGGCAAGUGGAGUGGUGGUGGCACGUACCUGGUCGUGAUUGGGGAGGACGACUCGGGCUUCAUGCCCUUUCGUAUUGACAACUGUUGCCGUGAGGUGCUGCGCUUCUACCAGCGCGGGUGCGAGGGGCUGGGCCACACCGACUCCCUCAAACCAUUCGCCGCCACGCCCUAUGCAUGGGACGAACCCUGCCGCCCACACCGCCUGGUGCUUGAGGUACCAGGCGAGGGUGGCAGCAUGGGUCACUUUCCCCUGGAUCAAGUCAAGCACUUCCCGCUUGUCGUCCUCCCCGCUACCCCUCAGAGGGAGCAGCGGCGCCUGAGAGUAUCCGUGUCAGCACAAGGACCAAUCAGGGUGCUCUCUGUGUGUGACAUCGACCUCUUCCCUCCUCCCUCCUCCCUCCCCCCACUCCGUCUCAAGCACUUACCCAUGCCACGACACGCUGAGCUGGCAUUCGGUCAGCAGCACCACCAGCCAUGGAAUCUCUCCUCCAAAUCCCCCACUGUCCCCCAGUCUUCCUCCUCCUCUCUACUCGAACUACUCCUGAGUGUGCACAUCCCCCUUAUAGCACUCUCCGUUAUAGACGCUCGCCCUCAGGAGCUACUGCUGCUCUCCCUACACCGCCUCUCCGUCUCCCUCUCCCGCUCCGCCCACCAACACUCCCUCUCCUUCCUCCUCUCCCACCUCCAACUCGACAACCAACUCCCCAACGCCCUCUUCCCUAUCCUCCUCGCCUCCUCCUCCCCUCCUCUCUCCCUCACUCGCUCCACACCACCACCCUUCUCGUCACCAUCACCCUCCCCGUUCUCCAUGCUCCACCCAUCCCACACCUCACCAAGCCUCGCGCUGCUACAAGCUGCUCUCCAUACGCCCUCCCUGCUGCUCUCCUCUGUCCUCCACCACACGGCCCAACAGCAACAUCAACCUCCUUCCCACACUGCCCUGCUGCAAGCGCCUUUCCAAGCCAGCCUGCAAGGGGGCCAAGCAGCGGUGGCAGCAGACGUGGUGGCGUGGCGGCAGAGAGUGGGCUCCGUGCUCUGUGCGGAGAGCGUGAGGGUCGGCCUCGCCCCGCUCUCUCUGGAGCUCGAGGAGCAUCUGCUGCUGCGCCUGCUCGACUUCUCCCGCACCUGCAUCGCCGCCCUCUCCGCCCUCGGCCCCCCCUCGCCCUCCUCCUCGCCUCAUUCCUCCUCUCUUGCAUCCAGCAGCAAGGGUGUGGGAAGAGGAUGGGCAGGGAAUGCUGGCAGGGAAAGGGAGCAGGAACGGGAGGGGGCGAGGGGGUCACCUGGAGCACAGGCAGGGAGGGGUGGUGGGGAUGGGGAGCAGAGGGAGGAGGGACGGCAGCAGGGGCAGGAGCAGAUGCAGCGAGUGUACGUGUGGUGCAGUGGCGCAUCAGUGGCAGCGGUGGGGGUGGUGGGCGGGCCGGGCAUGGACACAUCCCCUCACAUAAAAGGCACAGCCAACAUGUACAUAGAGACCAUGGUCAUCCUCCCCAUCCACAUCACCAUCAGCUUCGCCAGUGCACCAUGGGCGGCGGAUCAGAGCAGGGGGGCGGCAGCACAGGGGUUGCUGGGGGCGCUGGGAGCGGUGGUGCAGAGGAGUGUGCUGUCUCUGGCGGACGUGCAGGGGGCGCCGCUGGGGCUGUCUGCGUGGCAGUUGGAGCACUUCUUUGGCGGGCCGGCGUCGCUGGGAGCGAGGCUUGAGCGGCACUACACGCUGCAGCUGCUGCAGGCGCUGUACAAGGUAAGACCAGUGAGAGAUCCUAUACAAGGCAGUAACACUGCUGAGUAG